UACGAAUCGCAGCAGGAACCAUGAUACUUCUUCACCAGUCACAUUCAUAUAUCUUUAAUGGGAAGGUGGUAUCAGUCAUCAGAUCAGAAUCAAUGGGACGAUCAGUUCAAUUAUUUGUGCUGAUAUAAAAAGAACUUUUAAAACCGUUUUACUUUAUUUUAUAAGGCCAAUAAAUCACUCAUCCCUGUGUUUAUGAAUCUGUGUGAUCUGCACAGACAAGUCAAGAAACAUGGCUACCAAAUCAGACAUGUUCGGAGACCACACCAGAGAGUCGCUUCUCUCUCGAAAAGGCUGCUCAGACUUCGGCUUCAAUGACUCCGGCAUCAUCUCCGACGACCGUCGUUCUAAAUGGCGGUGUUUCCGGUUCUUCUCCGACGGGAUCGUCGCUUCCUGGAAAGCUCUCUACGACUUCGCCGCCAGUUUGUACGAGAUGGGUCGUUCCGAUCGCCGGAAAGUUUACUUCGCCGUGAAGAUGGGAGUGGCUCUCGCGCUCUGCUCUUUCGUCAUCUAUCUCAAGGAGCCGCUUCAUGACGCUAGCAAGUACGCUGUGUGGGCGAUUCUAACUGUCGUCGUCGUCUUUGAGUAUAGCAUAGGAGCAACAUUGGUAAAAGGAUUCAACAGAGCCAUAGGCACACUCUCUGCUGGUGGGCUUGCUCUUGGUAUAGCUAGACUCUCUGUCUUAGCUGGACGUUUCGAGGAAGAGAUCAUUAUCGUCAGUAUCUUCCUUGCAGGUCUUUGUGCAAGUUAUCUGAAACUCUACCCGGCGAUGAAGUCGUAUGAAUAUGCAUUCAGGGUGUUUUUGCUGACGUUCUGCAUCGUUCUUGUGUCGGGGAACAACUCCAGAGACUUUUUCAGCACUGCGUACUACAGGUUUUUGCUGAUUUGUGUUGGCGCGUGUAUCUGUUUGGGUGUGAACAUAUUUAUACUUCCGAUUUGGUCUGGAGAAGACCUGCAUAAACUAGUGGUUAAGAAUUUCAAGAGUGUGGCCAAUUCUCUCGAAGGAUGUGUUAAUGGGUACUUGCAAUGUGUUGAAUACGAGAGGAUUCCUUCGAAGAUUCUCACCUACCAAGCUUCUGAUGACCCAUUAUAUAGUGGAUACAGGUCCGUAGUCCAGUCUACGAGCCAAGAAGAUUCUCUGCUUGAUUUUGCAGUAUGGGAGCCUCCACAUGGACCUUACAGGACUUUCCAUCAUCCGUGGGCUAACUAUGUCAAACUUAGUGGUGCCGUUAGGCAUUGCGCUUUCAUGGUCAUGGCUAUGCAUGGCUGCAUUCUUUCUGAAAUCCAGGCAGCUCCAGAGAAAAGACAGGCUUUCCGACACGAGCUUCAGAGAGUUGGAAACGAAGGAGCCAAAGUUUUGAGAUUAUUUGCAGAAAAAGUGGAGAAAAUGGAGAAACUAAGCCUAGGAAACAUUAUCAAGGAUGUUCAACGGGCAGCAGAGGAGCUGCAGAUGAAAAUAGACAAGAACUCCUUCCUUCUUGUCAACUCAGAAAGCUGGGCUGCUAUGAAAGAGAAAGCAGAUGCAGAAGAAGCACAAGAAAACUAUCACGAAUCCAAAGACGACGAGACCAAAGUGUUCCAAACACUCAGCCAGAUCUGGGACACUAACACCAACCAUCAUCAGAAUCCACACAAUGGUAAUGAUUCUCAUCUAUGGAUUUCGACAGAGAGCAUGAUGCUUAGGAACCGAGAACAGUGGCCAAGCGUCUCGUUCAUAGGCGGUAAUAUGAUCAAUGAGAUAGAAUCCAAAGUAUAUGAGAGCGCGAGUUCUUUAUCCCUGGCCACAUUUGCGUCUCUUCUCAUCGAGUUUGUUGCUAGGCUCCAGAAUGUUGUCAAUGCAUUCGAGGAGCUUAGCACCAAAGCUGGUUUCGAAGAGCCGGUUACUGAGACACAAAAGAAGAUAGACAAAGCUGGGUUCUGGACAAGACUUAGCAGUUGCUUCAGCUCCAGGGCUUAACAGAAGCACUUGCAGUUUUAAUUAUGGUGGUGAAUAGUUGAUUUGUAUACACAAUUAAUGUAUUUUUUGUUUUGUUUUCAUCUUGAAAUAAGUUCCUAAUCCAUUGCUUUGGAAAGUUAAAAGUAAUACAACUCUGCUUGAAGUCUUGUUGUCUGAUUUUUGUUUGUUGAAAUGCAAUUUUAUUAUUA